GCACGGUGACCACGCCCCCUUGUUGUGACGCCACACCCAGAGCCUGAAUGAAGCGCCGGCUCAAUCGCAAUUAGCAGUGCAGCGGCGUCGGCGGGAGGCUGUGCGAGGUGAGGCGGGGACCUGUAGGGGUUCUUCCCCUCCCCACCAGCCAUCCCAAUGGGGUCUUCACACUCUGUGGGCACGAGCCCCUCUUGCUCCAGGCAGCCAAAAGAGGAGGAGGAAGACUUGCUUGAACACAAGGACCGGGAGGAAGACAUUGCCAGGUUCCCCUAUGUGGAAUUCACUGGCCAAGACAGCAUCACCUGUCCUUCCUGCCAAGGCACUGGCUGCAUCCCAACAGACCAAGUGAAUGAAAUAGUGGCUGUGAUACCAUACCACGACCAGAGAUUAAAACCUCAAAGGACGAAAUUGUACGUCAUGGUGUCCGUGCUGCUCUGCCUUUUGGUGUCGGGGCUGGUGGUCUUCUUUCUCUUUCCACAUUCGGUUCUUGUGGACGACAAUGGCAUCAAGGUGGUUACAGUCUGGUUUGACGAAAAGAACUCCCUUGUCGUCCUCGCCAUCACGGCUACUCUCCGGAUCAGAAACUCCAAUUUCUACUCAGUCGCCGUGACCAGCUUGGCCAGCCAAGUGCAGUACAUGAAUACUGUGGUUGGGACACAGCAGAUUAACAACGUCACCAACAUCCAGCCUUUAAGUGACCAGCUGGUGAAUUUCACAGUGAAGGCUGAAAUGGGUGGACCAUUUUCCUAUGUAUAUUUCUUUUGUACGCUACCCAAGAUCAGAGUGCACAACAUCGUGAUUUUCAUGAGGACUUCAGUGAAGAUCUCAUACAUUGGACACAUAACUCAGAGCUCCUUGGAGACCUAUCAUUAUGUGGACUGCGGUGCAAAUUUCACGACCGCCCAUGCUGGCCCUUGGCCUCCAACAGCAGAAGAUGCAGCUCAAGGGAAGAACAGCAUAAGCCCCUUAACAUAUGUCAUCAAUGAGAACAAGUCUGGUUCGGGUUCUCCUGCUAUGUAAACUGAGGUCUGCUUGCUGUGGGAUUUCUUUUUCAUUUGGGUGGAAAGACAAGGGUGUGCAGCCCUUGCCAGAAUGGGAAGGAUGCCCAAAGCUGUAUUUUGUCAACAGAUGGACUGCGGUGUGAUGGUUUUGAAGAGGAUCCGUUUCGUUUCUCCUUGUCAACCCACACAAACACGUAUACACCUGCUACACUGGCUUUGGAAAGCCAGUGCUAAUUUUAUUUUUCCGUAGUUGGUCCUCUUUCCUUGAGUCUCUCGUCUUCUCUUCCCAAUGAGGUAAGAACACAUAUCUCAGUAUUUUAUCCCUUGUUCUGCUAGAAGGAACACGAAGAAGGAAAUAAUUCCCAAGUUGAGGCCUCUAACUUGAAAGGGACUUCUCACCAAAGGUGGAACUGAGAGACGUUUGAGCUUGCUUCUCAUGACGGGGUGUUAUAACCCCUGGCUUAUUGUUAAAGGGAAAAUAACAGGAUAUUUUUUGUACUGGGAUGGACAACUAGUUCCCAUUCAGAUGUAGUUGUAUUACACCCUCCAUCAGCCCUUGCUACUGCAAUCUGUAACAGUAAGGGAUGAUGGGGGUUCAUCCAACAUCAUCUGGAAGGCCGUAGCUUGCUCAUUUCUGCUGUAUUGCAAACCUCGCUGUCACUGUUACAGCCCAGUUAUGAAAGGUAAAUCCAGUAUAUCCAGCUGGGCAUUUCAUGGAUGUCAGUAUUUACACUACACUUGAUUGUAUCAAUGGUGUGUUAAGCAUGCCACUUUGAAAGGCUCAUUGUUGACUUGAGCUUCCAGCAAUUGUUUAGGAAUUGUUUGGAGUUUUUUUUCUUGCUUUUAAGAAUGAUGGAAGCUUCAGAUCUCCAGAUCUUUGUGUUAAAGGAAACUUGCAUGCUGUGAACAUGCUUCUAUCUUGGUUCCGUAAUUUGCCAAGCUAGGAAAACCUUUUGCCAGUUUCGUUUGCCCAUAGUUGAGAAUAGAUGGUUUUGAUGAUUUUUCUGUAAUUUAUUUCCCAUAGAUUUUUUUUUUACUUUAUGUAAAUUAAAGAUGAACAUCAGUGACCUGAUGUUGGACUCCCCUCGCCAUUGGCCAUAUUGGCUGAUGGGAGUUGCAAUUCAGCAACAUCUGGAAAUCUGCAUAUGGCCUGUUAUUCUACAUUUUUAGUAAGAAUUCAUAGGGUUGAAGUCGCUUUCUAGGCAAAUAAAGAAAAUAACAUUAGGAUUAGGGAAGGGUAUUACUGAUCAUUGAUUUAUUACUAAACCACCUUAUUUAUUUCUAAUAUGAGCUAAAGCACUUCAUCAUUCAUUUUAAAGUUCUUCAGUGUUCCAGGAAAUCUGCAGUAUUUUUUUUCUGAAGGUGUAAUGCUCUAUUUAAAGUUGGAAGUGCAUUUUAAUCCUAUUUUUGCUUAUGUAAAUGACAAUGGGAGUUAAUGUAUAUUUAGAAUUUGUACUUUCUGCUUCUGUGGAAACUAAAAUUCAUAAAAUUAAUAAACUUUUUUGUAGUCCCCUUUGGGGACUGCUUUUUUUCUCUA